AUGCUCCACGUUACGGCGAUGUUGGGACCACCCCGCGGCGCGGCGCGGGCCGAGGGGCUGCGGCGAAGCGGCGGCCUCCACCGGGGCGGAGCCAGGAACAAGAUGGCGCCCAGUCCACCACCUUCGCGGCGCCGCCGAGCCGUCCCUCCAAGGGCGCAGCCCGGCGGCACGCCCCGCCUUCCUGCGGCGCCCAUUGGACAGUUUGAGACAGAGCGUCGCUCUCAUUGGCGCGCAGCUCCUUCGUGGCCGACGCCUCCGAGCCGCGAUUGGUCCACGCGCCCGUCAUUUUGCCAGCCCACCCUCCCCGGCGGCUCGACCCGCGAGGCCGAUUGGCGAAUUCGGCCGCCCGUCACGCCCCCUCUCCACUUCCCCCACGACACCGCCGUGCUAUUGCCUGCCCACGCAGACUCAGAGAGUCCCGAGGAGAUGUCAGCGGUGAAGGGAACGCCCGAUAAGGGCGAAGGAGAUGGCAGCAGUGACAGCAGCUCGCCCGCUGGGGAGGGCCAGGAGUCGCAGCCGUCCCCGCUGGCUCUGCUGGCUGCCACCUGCAGCAGGAUCGAGUCUCCCAACGAGAACUCCAACAGCUCCCAGGGCCAGCAAGGCAGCAGCAGCGAGCUGGACCUGACGGCCGCUGCUGCCCAGAUCGCGCAGUCGGCCAACGGCUGGCAAAUCAUUUCCACCGGCUCCACCACCCCGACGCCCUCCAAGGAGCAGGGCAGCAACGGCAGCAAUGGUGACCCCUCCAAAAGCCGUCCCGUGAGCACGGGGCCGUACGUGGUCACGGCUGCCUCCAACCUGCAGAACCAGCAGGUCCUCACGGGCCUGCCGGGCGUCAUCCCCAACAUCCAGUACCAGGUCAUUCCCCAGUUCCAAACCAUUGACGGGCAGCAGCUCCAGUUUGCCACCACCCCCACCCAAGUCAACGUGCAGCAGGAUGCCUCUGGGCAGCUCCAGAUCAUCCCCGGCACAAACCAGCAGAUCAUCACAAGCCGAGCGGGGACGGGCAACCUCAUUGCCAUGCCCAACCUGCUGCAGCAGGCCGUCCCCAUCCAGGGGGUGGGCUUGGCCAACAACACCCUCUCAGGGCAAACCCAGUACGUGGCCAACGUUCCCGUGGCUCUCAAUGGCAACAUCACCUUGCUGCCUGUCAACAGCGUGGCUGCCAGCCUGGCCCCCACCUCUCAGACCGUCACCCUGAGCGGCUCCGGCUCUCCGGACAGCAGCUCCCAGCCCACCACCUCAGGUGCUGCCAUCAGCUCAUCCAACAUCGCCACAUCCCACGCUAGUUCCGGCUCUUUUUUUACCAACGCCAACAGCUACUCCACCACCACCACCACCAGUAACAUGGGCAUCGUGAAUUUUUCCAGCGGUUCCACGGUGGGAACAAACGUCCAAGUGCAAACGCCCCAAAGGGCCCCCAGCACGGACUCCCUGCAGAGCCAGGUCUCUGGGGUGGCUCUACAGCCAGGGCAGCAGAAGGAGGGAGAUCAGAGCCAGCAGUCGCAGCAGCAACAGCAGCAGAUCCUGAUCCAGCCACAGUUGGUCCAAGGGGGGCAGACGAUCCAAGCCCUGCAGACCACCCCGCUCUCCGGCCAGACCUUCGCCACUCAAGCCAUCUCGCAGGAUGCCUUGCAGAACCUCCAGCUCCAGGCCGUCCCCAACUCCGGGCCCAUCAUCAUCCGAACGCCCACGGUGGGGCCGAACGGGCAGGUGAGCUGGCAGACCAUCCAGCUCCAGAACCUGCAGGUGCAAAACCCCCAGGCGCAGACAAUCACCUUGGCCCCCAUGCAGGGAGUGUCGCUGGGGCAGACGGGCAGCACCAGCACCACGCUCACCCCCAUCGCCUCCCUCCCCAGCGGCACGGUGACGGUCAACGCCGCCCAGCUCUCCUCUAUGCCAGGCCUCCAGACUAUUAACCUCAGUGCCUUGGGAGCGUCUGGGAUCCAAGUGCACCAGCUGCCGGGGCUGCCGCUGGCCAUCACCAACGCUACCGGGGAGCACGGCGCCCAGCUGGGACUGCACGGCGCGAGCGGGGACGGUCUGGGCGACGACAGCGCGGCGGUGGAGGAAGGAGAGACCAGCCCUGACCCACAGCCCCAGCAGGGGCGGAAGGUGCGGAGGGAAGCAUGCACCUGCCCCUACUGCAAGGACAGCGAGGGGAGGAGCUCUGGGGAUCCAGGUAAAAAAAAGCAGCACAUCUGCCACAUCCCGGGCUGUGGCAAGGUGUACGGCAAGACCUCCCACCUGCGGGCCCACCUGCGGUGGCACACGGGCGAGCGGCCCUUCAUCUGCAGCUGGAUGCUCUGCGGGAAGCGCUUCACCCGCUCCGAUGAGCUGCAGCGGCACAAGCGCACGCACACGGGGGAGAAGAAAUUCGCGUGCCCGGAGUGCCCCAAGCGCUUCAUGCGCAGCGACCACCUCUCCAAGCACAUCAAGACCCACCAGAACAAGAAGGGAGGCGCGGCCAACAGCGUGGCCAUGAACGUCUCCGCCGUCCCCAUGGACACGGGGGCUUCGUCGGAAGGCAACGGCGGGCCCACCCCCUCGGCCCUCAUCGCCACCAACAUGGUGGCCAUGGAAGCCAUCUGCCCCGAGGGCAUCGCCCGCCUGACCAGCAGCGGCAUCAACGUCAUGCAGGUGGCCGACCUCCAGUCCAUCAACAUCAGCGGCAACGGCUUCUGAAGGCCGAGCGGGGACGCGGGCAGCGCCGGCAUCGGCGGCAGCGGGCGGCACGGGGCGAGAGGCCGGCGGAGCCAGAGCCCCCCCACCACAAAACGGGACGAGCCCGGCGCUGAGAGCCACCGCUGCCAGCUGGGAUCCUCGACCGCCCGACCUCCGGGGCCCGGAUCACACACGAAGGCCAGAGCUCUGCGUACUUUUAAUUUCGGCUUCA